AUGGCCUUUUACAAGGUCCAUUUUGGCAUAAGGGAGCCCUACAAGCCAAGUGAGCGGGCUCGCGCCGACACGACUGAGGUGGCGCAGCAGCAGCGCCCGCGCGUUGGCGGCAGGGGCAGCGCGGCGCUGCCGCCACCUGCACGCUCCGGCACGCAGCGCGGGCCUGCUCGCGCCGUUGGCACCAUCGUCAACCUCCAGGGCCUGAUGGAGAACCUCCUAGGCGGCCCCGUCAAGCUCUUCACCAGCCGCUGCGUCGGCGCGGAGCUCCGCGCCCUCGGCGGCGAUUUCGCCCCGGCCGCCGCGGCCGCGCGCGCGCAGGCGCUGCACCACUGCGGCCACGAGCCGCCACGCGAGAGCGCGUCGGACUGCCUGAUGGAGCAGGUCGGCGCCGCCAACGCGGCGCACUGGGUCGUGGCGACCCAGGACAAGGCCCUGCAGGCCGCCCUUGCGCGCGUGCCCGGCGCGCCGGUCGUGUUCGCCUCGGUCAACGGCAUACACCUGUCCGAGCCGUCCGAGACCGCGCGCGCGCUCGUCGCGGGCGGCGCGGCGGCCGCGCAGGCGCUGCCGCUGCACGAGCUGGCGACGGAGGCGCUGCACGAUCUGCAUGAGCUGCGGCCGCGGGAUGAGGGGUACAAGAAGUUCCGCCGGAAGCACGCCAAGGGGCCUAACCCGCUGGCCGUGAAGGCCAAGAAAAAGAGGCCGGCGCCGGGCGGCAGCAGCAAGGAGGGCGGCGGCGGCGGCGGGGGGGCGCAGCAGCGGCCGCCGCAAGAGGGUGCGGAGGGCGGCGGCGGCGGCGGCGAGGAGGGGGCGGCGGCGAAGCGGAAGCGGAAGCGGAAAAAGGGCAAGGCGGCGGGCGACGGCGGCGGGGGUGGGAGCGACUGA